AUGGUGAGGGAAAGCUUUGAAAAACAAGUCAUGUUUUAUAACUUGGAUAGUAUUCAUGAUGUAGAUACACAGGUAAUUCCGACGUACUUCUUUGAAUUGGGACAUUUUAGAGGUUAUUUUGAGGUUCAUUAUCAUGAUGACUUUGACUGGAGUGGAAAUCAAAAGUUUUCUUUCCUUACCAAUCCCAAGAUGAUUAAUGUCCCUGCUAUUGUUACUCAAAAUCAAUUGACUUGUCAAUAUUCCUUAUUUUGGGAGUUGAAAAGGAAUGAAAGUGCAGCACUAUCUGAUAAGAAACAAACACUGACGAUCAAGUUUUUUCCAACAUUCAAGAUUAACAUUGACCCUUAUUCAGUAAGAGCAUAUACCAUUGAACCUGGCAAGACUCCAGUUCUGUUCGAUUUUACUCCAAUGUUUCCAACUUCAGAUAGCAUUAAUUCAACACAAGGACCAUGGGAAUUUAAUGUUUCUUUGAAUGAGUUUAAGGGAGCUACUUCCAUUUCCAAGCUCAUGCUAUUCUUUGCCUAUUCCUCAACAGAGGAGAAACUUUCAAAGAGUGUCUCUCUCAAAUACCCAAGAGAUUUAUUCUACAACCUCCAACAAUUUGAAAUGCACAUCUUGUAUCCAAAUGCAUCCGUACAAGAUCCAUCCCAAACCAUAACACCUACAGUUACUGUUUCGAGUUAUGAUAGUAAUGUUACUGUUCCAGAUUCGUAUGUUCUUCUUGGUGCAUACACAAUUGAAGAAGAUAAUAAGGGAAUUUUCCAGUUGGAUGAAAUUAGAUCUAUUCAUCACAGAUUGGAAAUAAUAUAUGGUAAUAAGAAAGUAGAUCAUUUCUCGUUGAAAUGCGCUUACGCAACUGCUGAUUCUGAUUUUAAACAACUAACAAUUGAUCCUACGUCUUCAAAUUCACUAGGAACAAUUUCCACAUACAUACUGACUUGCAACCAGAUAAUGAAGGAUUCAAAAUAUGUCAUGGCUGUUAUUGGAAAAAUCCCUUCCAUUCAAGUUUGUUCUUUUAGAUCAGCUUGCUCUAUUGACCCUCAAACACUCAGGGAAUUUUCAUCCAAUCCUAAAAUUCAAGUUUCAUUUAAACCAGAUAGUCAACUAACUGGAAGUUAUACAUUUAUAGAUAAUAGUAUUGGGGAAUUUAAAGACGUUAAUCAUAGCCCAAGUUCACAAUCAGGUCUCACACUCACAAAUGUUUUUGAUAUAGACUUUACACAAGUUCAAAUCAAUACUAAUGUGAAGAAAACUUAUGAUUCACAAAAUGCUAUCAUUGUACAUAUUGAAUCAUCCCAACAGAUGGGAGUCGAUCCAUACUCACUGAGAUUGUUCAUACUAAAUUCAGAAGGAAAUUUAUUUGAAAUGAUUUCUGAUGAUAUUCCAAGACUCUCCCAAACAAGUUUCAGCCUCAAUUUGGAUCCAAUACUCAAUUCAAAAGUUUAUAAAAAGAGAACUUUUGGAUUGUUCAGUUAUGCACAAUCAAAGGCAGAGAUUGGGGAAGUUGUUUUUGCUAAUUAUCCGAGAGAAGUUUCUUAUGCUUUGGGAAGCCAUAUUAAUCUUACAGUUUACUUUAAACAAAGAUAUUACACGCCAAUUCUUUAUGAAUCCAGACCUUACUUUACAAUUAACAACUUUAAUCCAACAAACAUGAAGGGAACGGAUGAUUAUACAGUAUUGUACAGCUUUUUACAACAAAACGGAAAUGGAUUGGAGACGUAUGGAUUCGAUGAGGGAAGAAAAUUCCUCAUUGAUUUUGAAACUUCCAUAUUUAAAUUUAUGAAGAUAAGGUUUACAGAUAUUAAAGGAGGGUAUUUAUUCAAAGAAUCAAACUUUGAAAAGUUUGAAGAGAGUGGAUCUCAACCAAUUAUAAUCUCAGAUGCACAGGAAAAACUUGUACUGAUCGACCUUCAGGAGGAUAUCAGAGAUGAGACAUUUGCUUUCAUUCUAUUGGGCAAGCCAUUUGUUGGCAAUGUAUACAUUAAGGAUCUCAACUCUAUUAAUGCUGUUAUACCAACUGAUAUUGAUACAUUCUAUAGCCAAGUAUUACCUAUGGAUGCAUUGACUAUUUCUUUCAAUCCAAACUGCAGAUCAACAGGAAAUUAUAUGCUAAUGGUUGAUAAUAGGAAAUAUUCCGAUUAUUCACUUCCAAACACUAAGCUUCAACCACUAUCUUUGGUUGGUGUUUACGUCUUGGAUACCAGUAAAGUCAAUGUAUACAGUAGUAUAAGCAUUGAUACUGAGCUAGAUUUAGUCUAUGAAAAGAACUCUAUCAACAGAAACUUGGAUCCAUUUUCAUACCGAUUUUUUUCUGUUGAUGACGAGAAACAAGAAUUCAAUUGGUUAGAAUGUGAUGACACACAGUCAAAAGAUCCGUGGAAACUAUCCAUCAAUAUAUCCAUCAAUCAAAAACUCAAAUUCGCCGUAUUUGCUUACAACAACCCAAUUGGAGAAAUUGGUAAAGUCUAUUCUAUACAUUAUGAAAGAUCCUUAAAGUAUGAACUGUCUCCAUCAACCUAUUUUGAAUUCUCCUUCUCCUCCAAAUCAUUCCCUCAAUUGAAUAAUGGUGUUAGGUUCAUGUUGAAAUACCAAGAUGAUGAUGACAAGUGGUUGGAUGGUUUUGUUAAGGUGAAGAGUUUCUCAAUUAUGCAAAUUGUUAAAUCAGAUAUUUCCACAGACAGAAUGUUCACUUUCGACGUAAACAAAUUACGUGACGAAUACGGAAACAAAAUAUCUGAUUUAAAUUCUCUUCAGUGCGUUUAUGUCACAUCUGAAAGAAUAUUUUAUGGAAGUAGUGCAAUAACCAAUACUGAUUCACUCUACACAUUGCAUUGUGCUGAAACUAUUUUGCACGAAGAGUACAAUCUGGUAAUUGUUGCAAAAUCUUCAGAUCCAAUCAAACCCCAACCAUCACAUUCUGAACAAACCACUGUAAUCGGUCUUGGAUUAUGUGUUGCCUUUUUAACAUUAUGUGUAAUAGUUCUCAUUAUCGUGGUUAUUGUCUUGUUAAUUAGAAAGAAACAAUCACUUCCAAAAGAAAAGAUUUUCAACUUUGAGGAGAUGAAAGGAUACAACAGUAUUGAGCUCUAA